CUCUAUUUGUUUAUAAUCAUCGAUCAAUAACUAAUGCCAGCGCUAGGACUGUUUGCAUCAAAUAACAACAGCGCUCUAGCGCCUAUCGCUUUUGCACAAACUAUCAGUGUUUCAUUAGUCUUUCUUACAGGAUUGCUGGCACUUAAAUAUCCUGACCGAGCCAUUUUUGAUGAAUAUCGUGAGGGAAUCAAUAACCGCAAAGGAUGGCCUCUUGUUGGUAGCCUGCCAGCCAUCGUAUCUAAUGCAGAAAAAUUGCAUGAAUUCUUAUUGGAUGGCUUCAAAGAAAGGCUGACUGGGACGGCUUCAUCAUUAGGUUUACCGCGAUCCAUUUUUACGAUCGACCCCAGGAAUGUGGAGCAUAUUUUGAAAUACAACUUUGAAAAUUAUGUUAAAGGUCCACAGUUGAAUUCUGCAACCGGAGAUCUAUUAGGCCAUGGUAUAUUUAAUGCAAAUGGAGAGAAAUGGAAAUAUCAAAGAAAAACAGCGAGUCAUAUUUUUAAUGUGAAGAAUUUUAGAGAUCAUUUCACUGCUGUGUUCGUAGAAGAACUGGAUAUCAUGAGCGCAGGCAUUCUGGAUAAAGCAGCAGACACUAAUCAGAUCGUUGAUUUCCACGAUAUCAUGUUCAAAUUUACCUUGGAUUCCUUCAUUCUUAUCGGUUUCGGUGUACAACUAAAUGCUUUAAGUAGCAAAGAAAAAGUUCCGUUUGCAGCCUCUUUUGACGAAUGCCAAUUAAACAGUUUCAAGCGCUUUGUCAACCCAAGUUGGAAAUUGACAGAACCUCUCGCACAUUUACUACAGCCUUGGAAGAAGAGUCUCAGUCAGCACUUACAUACGGUGAAUGAAUUUGCUCGAGAAGUAAUUGAGCUUCGGCGAAAGCAGCUGGAAAAGGGUGAAAUCCAUCUUGACCUAUUGUCCAGAUUCAUGGAGGCAAGGAAUGAGCACAAUGAACUACUCAAUGAUAAAGAACUAAGAGAUGUAGUCUUGAAUUUUGUCAUUGCUGGAAGAGACACAACAGCUCAAGCGUUAUCCUGGACAUUUUAUAUGCUUAUGCUGCAUCCACGCAUCGAGAAGAAGCUGCUGCAAGAAGUUAAUAUUAGCAUAUCUCAUGACAUGAAAAACGAACCUGCUGAACUAUAUAAUGUGAUAAAAAAAAUGAAUUACGCCCAUGCUAUCUUUUAUGAAGUUUUGAGAUUGUUCCCUUCGGUCCCAAAUAACCAGAAGUAUGCUUUGAACAAUGAUGUAUGGCCUGAUGGAACACAAAUCCAGAAGGGUGAUUAUGUUACGUGGAGUCCAUGGGCUCAAGGUCGGUCUGAAAUUGUUUGGGGACCAGACGCAAAGCAAUUUAAACCAGAGAGAUGGAUUAUGCCAAAUGGUGAACUAAAAAGAGAAACUCAGGGUCAAUGGCCAGCAUUCCAUGGCGGCCCUCGCGUAUGUCUCGGUCAGAAUUUAGCUACAUUGGAAGCUUUGGUAGCUCUUGCUUAUAUUGUAAAAGACUACAAGCUAACGCUAGUUCCUGGACAGAACAUUACCUAUCAAGUCUCUUUAACAUUGCCUAUGAAAGAAGGAAUGAAGGUCUAUGUUGAGCGACGAAGGAAAUAAUUAAGAACUUAGAACACGCGAUUACAGUAUUAUUAUUAUUACGUAAACUUAAACUUCAUGAACUAAUCUUAUAAACUCGUAAUAAAAAAGACGAGCCAUGGAACCAAUACUAAUCCUAUGCUUCUGUUAUGAUAAUGUGUACCGUAUAUCUUGUCUUAUAAGUACGUAUCACGUUUGUUACCAGAUCAAUUUUUGCGGAACUUUAAUUUGCAGCCACGGCUUCCUCUUCAUGGACAAUGAAGAAGGAAGAAAAAGGAGGAUCU